AUGGAUCCCAAACUAAUGAAGGAGAACAGAAAGGGGGCGCUCACUCCCUGCCUCCUCAGCGCCGCCUUCUUCAGCGCUCUGGGAUCCUCUUUCCUAUAUGGCUACAAUCUAUCUGUGGUCAACGCUCCAGCAAAGUUCAUUAAGGCAUUCUACAACCGUACGUGGGUGGAGCGGUACUCAGAGCCAAUCGCUGCGGAGACGCUGACGUUGCUUUGGUCCAUCACUGUCUCCAUCUUCUCCAUCGGCGGCCUGGUGGGGGCGCUGUCGGUGUCUCUGAUCAUCAAAGUCCUGGGCAGGAGGGGCACUCUGCUGCUGAAUAACCUGUUUGCUCUGGUGGCUGCGCUGCUUCUGUCUCUGGGACAAACCUCCAGAUCCUUCGAGAUGUUGAUCAUUGGACGCCUUAUCGUGGGCGUUGACUCAGGAAUCGCCCUGAGUGCGUUGCCCAUGUACCUCGGGGAGAUCUCCCCCAAACACCUGCGUGGCUUCAUUGGGCAAUUCAACUCCAUCCUUAUCUGUCUGGGAGUGUUCACGGGACAAGUCCUCGGGCUGCCUGAGCUGCUAGGACAGGUGAGAGAGGGGUUCUAUGAAUUCAAUCGCAUGCCGCAGGGAGUGACCAAUGCGCCAAGCACAUUUCAGCGACUUAUGGACAAGUGCAUGGGACAGUUGAAUCUGAAGGAGGUGUUGGUGUUCAUUGACGACUUAAGUCUUUGCACCAACACUUGA